AUGAAUGAAAUAGAUCCUAACAGUGAAGAAUCCUGUGAGGAUAAUAAAACUCAGGGAAGUGUCCAUGCUGAAGUCACCUACACUCCUUCCUACCCAAGGACAACCUCAACAACCAACACCAUGUGUGGCAGCUACUACAGAAACUGCAAUGGCGGCCGUGGCUAUGGGUGCUGUGGCUACAGAGACCUGGGCUAUUGCUAUGCAGGCCUGGGCUAUGGCUAUGGAGGCCUGGGCUGUGGCUAUGGCUGUGACUAUGGCUAUGCCUCCCGCUCCUUCUUUGACUGUGGCUAUAGGUGCGGCUCUGGCUGUGGCUCUAGCUUUGGCUACUACUAUUGA